AUGGCAUCAAUCUGGGACGCCAUCACCGGGCGCAAAUCCACCCCCGCCUCCCCCGCCGCCCCCGCCUUCGACCCCAGCACCUCCAGCGACGUCUCCUCCUUCCUCACCCCCGCUUCCCUCGACCCCACCCUGCUGCACCCCCUCGCCGGCCUCUCAUCAACCCUCUCCUACCUGGACCUCGACGAGACCGCGCUUUCACCGCUCUCCGCGUCUGCCCUCCCCUCCCGCGGCUGGUCCGACGACCUCUGCUACGGCACGGGCACAGUCUACCUCCUCGGCCUGUCCGCUGGUGGCAUGUGGGGGCUCAUGGAGGGGCUCAAGAAGGCGCCUGCUGCCGCGCCCCCGAGGUUGAAGCUCAACUAUGUGCUCAAUGGCAUGACGCGGCGUGGGCCGUUUCUCGGAAACUCUGGGGGCGUGCUGGCGCUUGUGUACAAUGGGAUCAAUUCGGCGAUCGGAAGUGUUAGGGGCAAGCAUGAUACGGCGAACAGUGUGCUGGCGGGGGCGCUGGCGGGGGCCGUGUUUAAGAGUACGAGCGGGCUGAAGCCGAUGGCGUUGAGUGCGAUGAUGGUGGGGGGUGCGGCGGGGGUGUGGAGUGUGGGGAGUAAGGCGCUUUUGUAA